CUGCACUUCUCAGUCGCGAAGCCACCUCAACACUGUUCCUACUCCUUGAUAUAAACGAAAUAUCAACUUUCAAUAAUUUAAAAUUAUCUUAGCUUCGUGGUGUACAAUUUGCCACUGAAAUAUAAAAUUAUGUUUACCAAUGAUCGCCUGCGCUGCGUAAAGCCCUCACUUCUCGUACGUUAGCGGCCAGCUUUAAUUAAAUAUUAAAUAACGUGGCAUUGUAUCUGACGUAAUUUAUUAUAUAAAUAUAAAAUUUCCUGGUACACCGUACUCACAAAUACUGCUACUACUAAAGGAAAAACAAUGGGAACUAAGAAAACUGCAAUGGUGCUCAACAGCAAUGCCUCCUUGCAAGGAUUACGGAAUACGAAGACAAUCGUCUUGGCAGCGUUGUUGGGGAUCAUUUUAUUGGUGAUUCCAGUUCUGAUGAUCUUCAUAGAUCCUAUAUUUGUUUUGGCUAAAUUCAAACUCCGCAUCACCAAAGGCAGCGUCCUCUAUGAGCUGAUGAAACAUGAGACAGAGACAGCGCGGCUGGAAAUCCAUUUGUUCAACGCUACCAACGCGGAGAGGUUCCUCAGAGGUGAGGAUCAGAAACUGAGGGUCCAGGAGGUCGGUCCUUUUGUAUACCAAGAAUACAGAAGUCAUGAGGAAAUAGAUUUAGACCUGGAAACUGGUGUGCUGAGGUUCAUACCUCGUUUUCGAGCUGAGUUUGUAGAAGAGAAGUCUGUGGGCAGACCUGAGGAGACCAUGCUCGUUGUUCCUCACGUUCCAUAUAUCAGUAUGACGUCAUUCUUCAGUUCGUAUCCCUCAAUGAUCAAAUCCUUAUACAGCAUGUUGAUUUGGCAGCUCAGCCCCGAGCCGUUCAUGUCGAUCGACGUCCACAAAUACUUGUGGGGCUACCAGGACAAAGUUAUCCAGAUGUGCAAGAAUUUGAUUCCUGGCGUCAUGUAUUACGACUCACUUGCUAUAUUUGAUACGUUAUACGACAGGAAAGCAGACUACAAAAUGGAAAUGGACAUCACGCUUCAGAAUAAGUUCCAAGUGAGGCGAGUGAUGAAGAAACUACGCGAAAAAUCCUGGAACAGUAGCGACUUGGUUCAAACAAAGUAUGUAUUCCAAGACACAUACGAAGGAGCAGCAUUUCCACCACAGAUGACUCCGCAGAUGUCCUUAAAUACUUACCGACCUGGUGUCUGCAAGACUCUGGGCUGGGAAUACGCUGGGCGUAAGCGGAUGAAGUUAGGAGCCGAUACGUUCCUGUACCGGUUGACGAACAAGACGUUUGGGAACACGCGCCUGUGUGAUAGCAAAGGAUUGUGUCCACAUGGUGCUAUUGACCUUUCUAGUUGUUAUUUAGGUCUACCCAUAGCUAUAACAAUGCCCCACUUAAUCGACGUGGAUUCCGAGUUCCAGCAGCGUGUUGACGGGUUGGUUCCAGAUAAAGAAAAAUACCUCAAUUAUAUAGAAAUAGAGCCAAAAAUAGGGCUGACAGUGGAAACCUCCGUGUCACUUCAGCUGAACCUGCUUCUGGGUGACAUGCGGUUCAUGCCGGACCUCGCUAAGUUCUCAGACAUGCUGCUGCCCUUAGCGCAUGCCAAGAUGACGCUCCCUGAACUACCAGCAGCUACAAAAAACUCCCUAACUCUGCUAUACGUGACGGGACCUCAGAUAUUACUAGGAUUAGAGAUAGCAUCGGCCCUGCUCGGCCUCGCCCUCCUAGUCUACUCACUGGCACUCCUGAGGCGCGACUGGAGUAGACGGAGAGAUCCCGCCAGAUAUUUCGAUGAUAGACUGAAGGGCAAGGUCCGCGCUGAGUUACCGCUUAUUAGUUAACAAUGGACUGUGAUAAUAAAUAUGUUUUGUAUUUAA